UCUUCCCACCACACGAUGCAUCCGUCCACAUCACCCAGCCACCCCAUCCCACACCAACCACAAAGCCCACUCAAUCAGUCGGUCAGCCGUGCCGUCAUGGUCCCAUCCCCACCGGCACCACGGGCCUGAUGGCUCUCGACACGUAAGGCAGGCUCCACAGCGGCUCAGGCAGGGCGUCAUCCAGCACAAAGCCGCCCGCCUCCGUGCGCUGCAGCUCGGUCAGGUGCGCCUCAGUGCCGCAUGACCUCGCUAUGUCCUCACACAAGGUGCGGAUGUAGGUGCCGCCGGAACACGUCACCUCAAACUCGAAAUACGGCAGCUGACGGGCAAAAAAACGCCACACAUGGAUGGAUGGAUGGAUGGAUGAGAGGGUCGUGGCGAUCGGUUACCUGCGACGUGUCUGUGAGUUGGAGGUGUUUAAUGGUGACUUGGACGGGAUCUCGGUAGACGGCCUCGCCACGCCGGGCCAACUCAUACAUCCGAGUGCCAUUCACCUUCUUGGCUGCUCACCCAACACACCACACAGAUCCAUGUGUUGACCACUUGAUUGCGUCGUGUGUGUCGUGCGUGUUGUGUGGAUGUACCUACCGGAGAACAUGGGCGGUGUCUGGAGUUGGGGACCUUCGAAUCGUUUCAUGGCCGCCCGGAGGUCAUCGGCAGUGACGCUCUCCCAAUCAGACCGGCUCACCACCUCACCCUGCAGGCCACGCAGCCAUAAGUGGGCAAGUGUGGGUGUGUUGGUGAUGUGUCGGUGGGUACGUCUGAGUCGAGAGUGUCGGUGGCUAUGCCCAGCAACCCAACAGCACGGUACGACUUGUCGCCUGCACACCACAACACAUGACACACAUGAAUGCAUCCACCCACACAUAUACAUAUGUCUGGCUGACAGCUGGUGUGGCUGGAUACCUUGUAGGAAUGUUUGCAUGUGUUUGGUGGCCUCGCCCACCCCCAGCACCACCACCCCAGUGGCAAACGGAUCCAACGUGCCCCCGUGACCAACCUUCACAUCAUAGCGAUCGGGAGACCUGACACACACACACACACACACACAGCACAUGGCUCACACUCACGGCAUAGACGGCCGUCCGCCCCUCACCUACCUACCGCGUCUUUCUUCGUUCAGCCCUGAGGUCGUUAGGGUGUAUUCGGAUGCGCGCCUCCCCCUCCCUGUCGGCCUCCUUCAGCCCCCGGCUGAUCGACCCACGGACCUUGUUGACCACAUCCAUACACGUGAACCCCCGCGGCUUGUCCGCAGCCAGCACUCCACACACACGCCUGUACGAUGACGAAGACGGCGCCGGUUGAGACCGCCGGCCUCUCUCCCUCCCCCUCUCCCUCUCCCUUGUGCGUCGGUAGGGCAGCCGUGAGUCACUGUCGUCAUCACGGUAGUAGUGGUUGGCAGACGGAACGGAUGUUUCGAGUGGGGGCAGUGCGAUGGCUGACGGGGAAGACUGCAUCAUCGGUGAGAUCGUUGACUGGCUGGAAGGGCGGUGGAAGGAAGAGCGCCGGAUGAGAGGCUUUGUGGGGAAAAGCAUGGCUGCGUGACAGACACACAUACACAGGCAUGCAGGGAGACAAAGCAGAGUCUGAUUCAUGCAUGCACCGUGCCUAUGCUGUCGUGUGUGUACCUCCUGUGAGUCCCUCGGCAUCUCCUCUGUGCACAGAUCUCCCCGUAGGCGAAUUCCCCCGAUGAGCAGAUGAGUGCGAGGCGACAAACAUCCAUCGCAGUGCUCGCUGGCAGUUCACC